ACACCGCAUGUGACACAGCACUUUCUGCAUACGGGCGUCAGUUCUGAGCUAACAGUCGACGACAGUAGAAGGUAGCGUACAUGGGGAAUCUUAGCCAUGCCGACUUACAAAUUCCGUUACUUCAACGUUAGGGCCUUUGGGGAACUGCCCCGUCUGAUGUUUGUUCUAGCAGGACAGGAGUUUGAGGACAUACGGAUCCCUAGGGAAGAAUGGCCGGCCUUGAAGCCAAAAACACCACUGGGUCAGUUGCCCGUCCUUGAGAUUGAUGGGAAAUUUUAUCCUCAGAGUAACGCCAUAUACAGAUAUCUUGCAAAGAUAUUUGGUUUCUAUGGUAACGGCGAUCUGGAGGCCCUAGAGAUGGACCAGGUCCUCGGUGUGGUCAUGGACAUCUACAUGACCUACGCGCGAACCGUUUUCGAGAAAGACGAAGCCGUGAAGGCUGAGAAGAUGAAGGAUUUGAAGGAAGUCCAAGUACCGUUGUAUUUCGGGAUGUUUGAGAAGUUGCUGAAGAAAAGUGGCAGUACUGGGUUCUUUGUUGGCAAGAAGAUCAGUCUUGCAGACGCCAGUGUGUUUGAUCUCGCUGAUAAAAUGUCGUCAGUGGUCAAGCUGGAAGACUACCCUCUGGUCAAGAAAUGCAGUGACAACGUUUUGGCCAACCCUAGAAUCAAAGCAUACCUUGAGAAACGGCCGGUUACAGAGAUGUGAUCCGUGACGCAUGAACAUUUCUCUUAAAGUACUAGUUCUAGAUACUGUAAUGCUUAACGGUACCAAGCAGUGUUAACAAAUAUGAGCAACAGGAACAUUUGAAUGAUUUAAUUCAUGUUGUUUUCUGAUAGAGUAUUGUAAAAAUAAUUUGGUUUCAAUAAACAGAAGAUUGUUGA